AGCCUCACUAAACCAGCGAGAUGCCCCGAGUCGAUGCAGAUCUCAAACUGGACUUUAAAGAUGUCUUGGUUAGACCUAAACGAAGCAGCCUCAAAAGCAGAGCAGAGGUAGAUCUCUUGCGCACCUUCACAUUCCGGAACUCCAAACAAACCUACACAGGGAUCCCCAUUAUUGUAGCAAAUAUGGACACUGUGGGAACUUUUGAAAUGGCACAGGUUAUGACUAAAUAUGCAAUGUUCACUGCAAUACACAAGCAUUACUCUCUGGAAGAGUGGAAGCUAUUUGCAAGCAAUCACCCAGAAUGCUUAGAGCAUAUAGCAGUGAGCUCAGGCAGCGGAUUGACUGACUUUGAGAGGCUGACAAAUAUCAUAGAGGCCGUUCCACUUAUCAAGUACAUUUGUCUGGAUGUGGCCAAUGGAUACUCAGAGCAUUUUGUGGAGUAUGUGAAAGCUGUCCGUGUCAGAUUUCCAAAGCACACCAUCAUGGCAGGUAAUGUGGUGACAGGAGAGAUGGUAGAAGAACUUCUUUUGUCUGGAGCAGACAUUAUCAAAGUGGGAAUUGGACCAGGAUCUGUGUGCACCACUCGGAUAAAAACCGGAGUGGGUUACCCACAGCUGAGUGCGGUCAUUGAAUGUGCAGAUUCUGCCCACGGAUUGAAAGGCCAUAUAAUUUCAGAUGGGGGAUGUAGCUGCCCUGGAGACGUUGCUAAAGCUUUUGGAGCUGGUGCUGAUUUCGUGAUGCUUGGGGGCAUGUUUGCAGGGCAUGAUCAAUGUGCUGGGGAGGUCAUUGAAAAAAACGGCAAGAAAAUUAAGCUCUUCUAUGGCAUGAGCUCUGACACCGCUAUGAAGAAGCAUGCAGGAGGUGUUGCAGAAUACAGAGCUUCAGAGGGCAAAACGGUAGAAGUGCCUUACAAAGGGGAUGUAGAAGACACCGUCCGUGAUAUCCUGGGAGGCCUGCGAUCUACCUGCACCUAUGUGGGAGCUGCCAAACUCAAAGAACUGAGUCGAAGGACAACUUUUAUUCGAGUAACUCAGCAGCACAGCCAAGUCUUUCAUUAGCCAAAGAGGAAAAAACUGAGCUUGGAGCUGUGAAACGUGCUGGCUUUACUUCUUCUUCCUCUUCUUUCUUUUUUUGGGUGGUGGUGGUGAGGGGGUUUGGCAAUACAGCUUCCUGCUGGCAUACACCAAGCUAGGAAAGAAAGUGGAUUGAUUGCCACCAGAGUUUAUUGUAGUGGCGGGGUUAAGCAUAAGGAGGAUAAGCCAUAAGCUGCCACUAGGUCUACGAUCAUAAUUUUUUGUUCAAAAUACGGCACUAUCUUUUUUAUUGCCUUGGCCUAUUUAAAUAAGAAAUCUAGUUUGAUCUUUUAAUGAUAACCCGUGAAAGUCACCCAGAUCUCAAUGCAUAGUAUCUUUGUCUGCUGAAAAAAAUCCUGUUACAAAUAAAAGCAAAUCCAUUUA